GAGAGGCAGGGAGGGUUAGAGAGGAAAGGAAAAAGGAGAUACAGAAGUAUGAGGAAAUGGCAUGUAAAAGAAAAAAAGCCAAAGUGGUAUGCCGUGACAGAGACACAGAGGAGGAGAGUGAAGAGACAAAGACGAAAAAAAACCCAGAAUGUGUGAGAGUGCAGGAGGAUGGGUGAGAGAGGGAGAUGAAAGCAUCAACACGAAAACCUGGAAAUGCUUCACCCUUGAUACUGUCGUGCUGUCUUCCCAUUUCACCUGAAGAGCACAGAUGCGCACUCAUACACACACACAAAUUAAUCAGGUCACACUUCUCUCUCCAACACAGGGUGAUAGCCUUUUCUCCCGAGCAACACACACACACACACACACACACACACACACACACACGAAGCAGGUAAACUGCUUCACCCGUCGCUUUCACAAACCCCACUUAUUUUAAAAAAAGAUUUAUUUUUUAAAUGCUGGAGUAACAGGGUUCAUUUUUCAGGGUCAAAUUCAAGUACUUUUUAAGCACUUUCAAAGCCCAUUUUCAAGCUUUUUCAAGCUUUAACUUUGCAUCACUUCAGUAAGACCAUGUAAAAAUUAAAACAAAUAAUCUCAGGUCGACUUAAAUGUCCUUUGUUCCCCUUUUGUAAAAACAGAGAAAAAUGCACCACACAAAAAUACUGAAAAAGGAAAUGGUUGCCUUAUAUGCAUAUAGUGCACAAACUCAAAAAACAUCAAGUUGUUAGAGAUAUUCAUCUCCACUUAAAAACACAACAACCCCACAAAACAAGAAAACUGCACCAAACUCCACAAUAAUACACAGCAAGGCCAAAUUAAUAAGUCUUAUGAUCAGAUAUUGAUCCUUCUUUCCUGUGUGACACAAAAAUAGGAGAUGGAUGUUUGUUUGUUUUUUUUAGUUAAGCACCCACGCCCCCGAAAAUGGGCGCAAAAGGGAGGAGAUCACAUUUAAUCGGUUAUAACACGAGGUCAGAAAUAUAAGUGCCGACAUGAGUAGUGUCACAGGUAAUAUCCAUAUUUUCAUAUAUGACUUAAAUGUGAACCAAAGCCUAUUUUCAAAGGUGUUCUAUGCUAUAAAAUACUUUUAAAAAUUAGGUGAGGGAAAUAAAAAUACAAUUUUUCUAUGACUCUUUGAGUCACAGUAACUUUGACAUAGUAACAUCUGCAGUAAUAUUUACACCUCUGAUGACAUCUCACAAAUGUUAGCUUUAUUUUGUUACCAAGACUGUUUACACAGAGUUUGUAAUUGCAGAGAAAUACUUCAUUUAUUUUGGUCAUUUCAUUUUCGAGUAGGAAGCUCACCCUUUUUGUUAUACCCUUGAGAUGAACAGAGUUUUUUUAAUUAAAUACAUAUUCUUUAAAUAAUGUUCCCUUUUAUAAAAAGUAGGACAAUAAUAAAAAAAAACCAUUUAUUAUAGCUACGUGGAAAAAAAAAAAAAACCUGUCUUGUUUUCUGUUGUCUGUUAUAUAAUAUUAGGGAUGUUCAUGACAAUGAAUUUCUUAAUCGAAUGGACUAACCAACUAAUCUAAAACUAAGAAACACUGAAAUUUUAAGUUAAGUUUGAAAACGGUUUAAAAAAAAAUACCCCAUUCCAAAAUGCCUUGUGACAAUCUCAUUGGCUCACGGAGUGAUGAUGAUAAAAGGACACUUUUAGAGUCUUUGAUCCUUUGAAGUUUUUUCCAUAAAUAGGGGUGAGAAACAGCAAUUUUCAGUUCGUUUCUUCGCAGCAUUUGUGUUUGCAGCCAUCAAACGUUCACCACAGAAACUUUUGGAAAGCUUUUCAGAGUCAUUGUAUAUGAACUCCAACAUGUUUCUAAGACAACACCAAGCAAGUCAAAAAGAUUACGCCGCCUCUCCUUCCUGGCGUGGCCGGCCAAUUUCCCCAAAUGGUGCCUCAUCCUUCCAAAGAGCACUGCAGGACAGUAAGAAGGAAAACUACAAUCUCCAGAAAAAAAUUCAACAACUUGAAGAAGAGAAACUUCAACUGGAGCAGAGGUGCAAACAAAUGGAAGCCCAAAAUCAAGUCCUGGAAGAAAGACAACAGCGCCAGCCUGACAUAAAACUUAUUAAUGAGGGCUGGGGAAUUAAGUUUGGACAGGCCAGGGAGCAGAUUGUGUUUCUCAUUAGAGAAAACAAGCAAAAGAGCAGGGAACUAAAAAAAAUGUCCGACCAGCUUCAAGACAGGAAAGCGACGAUUGAUGAGAUACAAUGGGAACUCCAAAACAUGGACCAAAGAAAUAUGCUGCUCCAAAGACAGCGCGAUGAAGCUGUGGAAAAAAAUAAAGAAAUCCUGCAACAGAAGGAAGAACAGGACAAAAAGCAAAGAGACAUGCAGCACGAACUUAAAGGCAUGCAGGAAAAAUACAGAAGCCUGAAAGUAAGCUUGGAUCAAACACUGCGCCAAAAUAAAGACCUUCUUCAAGAGAAAGACCAACAGGAAGAAAAACUGAAAGAAGGAAAACGUAUUGUCCAGGACUUUGAGUCUAAAAAUCUAAAACUGCAAGGAUUCUGUAGUGAACUGAAGGUCAAAACAAGUGAGCUGGAAGGAGAAAAGGCAAAACUGGAAAGACAAUGCUCACAGAUGCAGAAAAGAAUUGAUCAAAUGGCGAGAAACAACUCUGAGCUCAUUAAGGGGAUACUGUUGGAAUUCAAUAACUUGAAGCGUGAAAACACUCAAAUGCAGGCACAAAAGCAACAACAAGACAAAAUACAUGAAGACCUGCAGCUCACGCUUCAAGAAAUCCAGAGUAGAAAUACGCAGUUAGAAGACAUGCACAAAGAAGUUCAACAGAGAAAUGCAGACAUGCACAAGGACAAGCUAAUGCAGGAGGCAACAUCCAAACAACUCAAAGACAAGCUUGAAGAAAAACAAGCAACAUUGGAACAGGUGGAAAAAAGAUGCAACAAACUUGAGAAGCAAAACGCAGAAACGAUCGAUGAGUUAAGAACCCUCAUCCUGGAAAAAAAAGCCCUUGUGGAAAAGUGCAUGAAAAAAAAGAAGACAAAAUUCUUCCGCUUGUUCUGGAGGAGGGACGCUACCGCUUCCUCACCUGAUGCAGCCUCAUCUUGCUCCACCUCUGUUCACCCCCCCCAACCAGUCCCGGCAGUUGACUGUCCCCUCCUGAGCCUGGUUCUGCCGGAGGUUUCUGCCCGUUAAAAGGCAGUUUUUCCUCCCCACUGUCGCCUAGUGCUUGCUCAGAGGGGAUUUGUUGGGGUUUUCUCUCCUCAACCUUGUUUCUUUAUUUACUUGUUUAACUUUUAGUUCUUACCUCAUUUUAGCUUGUUUCUUUAUUUACUUGUUUAACUUUUUGUUCUUACUUCGUUUUACCUCGUUUCUUUAUUUACUUGUUUAACUUUUAGUUCUUACCUCAUUUUAGCUUGUUUCUUUAUUUACUUGUUUAACUUUUUGUUCUUACUUCGUUUUACCUCGUUUCUUUAUUUACUUGUUUAACUUUUAGUUCUUACCUCAUUUUAGCUUGUUUCUUUAUUUACUUGUUUAACUUUUUGUUCUUACUUCGUU